CCGAUUUGAGCGUCAACACCGCGAUAGUCAAACGAAUGACCACGAUAGUCUAAUUCAUAUGCACACACGAGACACAUCCAAGGGAAUUGAGUGCAUUGCCGUCUGCCUCUCUGAGCGUCAUCGUGAGGCGGGGCUGCGAUGAACGCCAAGACAUCGCAGCCCGACAUCCCGAUCACGCUCAGAAAGGUACAAAGCAACACAGUCAUUCGACAACAGGUCUGAAUGCACAACAUACUCCAAAGCAAGGCCAUCUAUGCUGUACACACGCGCACUAUGCCCACAGUACGACGUCCCUCCCCAGCUGGCUGCCUCCCUCAGUCGGUGACAGACAACUCACAGCGUCCAGAAGAGCAGCAUGAGCCCUCUGAGGUACUGCAUGACCUCCCCCGCCCCCAGCUUGGACGAGCCAUAGAUGCGGUCGACGAAGGUGAUGGGGCACUCGGCCACUGUGUAGCCCAUCUUGGUGGCCCUCGUGAUGAGUUCCAUCUGGAACACAUAGCCCCUGCUGACCACACGCGAGAUGACCUCCUCGAACACCGCCCGUCGAUAGAGCCGAAAGGAGCCCGUGAGGUCCGACACACCGGGGCUGAGCAUCACCUGCGCCAGGUAGUUGGCCACACGGCUGGUCAGGAUGCGCCGCAUGUCCCAGCCGUACACACCGCCGCCCCUCCCCUUGUAGCGCGUUCCCGUCACGAUGUCGGCCUGUGUGGUCCGCUGGAUGGCGAUGAACUGGGGGAUGAACUUGGGGUGGUGCGACAGAUCGGCGUCCAUCAGGAGGAUGAAGGCGCCCUUUGCGACCUCCAGGCCGCUGCGGUAGGCCGUGCCGAGGCCCAGCUUGCCGGGCCGCUCAUGCAGCCGGAUGUGUCUGUCGCCGUAGAUGCGCUGCAGCUGUCUGCAGACGUCUGCCGUGCCGUCAGGGCUGCUGUCGUCCACCACCACCACCACCACCACCUCCCAAUCGCCGAUGCCCGCCUUCUGCAGCUCACCCACAAUCAGCCAGAUGAUCAGCGGCAGGUUGUCGCGCUCAUUGUACGUCGGCAAGAUAAUGGAGUACUCCACCAUCGCUGCGGCUGCAAAGAGGCGCAAAGAUCUGCAGAUCUGCACAC